UAAUCGCGGGCACUCCCAAUCGAGGCCCCGCUGACUGGAAAUUAUUCUUUCAGAAAUCCACCUGUCUCGAUUUUCACAUCCACUGCGCGAAAUUCAUUGCAUGAUUCAGUCUUCAUCGCGCUACUCACUCAUGGACUAAAGCGACUUGGCCCAAGCGCAGCAGCCUCAGCUCCCCCAUGAAUCACCCCUCCUGCGCCGUCAAUGGAUCACAGCACCCCGCCACUGCGACCGAGGGACCAUGAACACCAGCUCACCUCCCAGCGACCCCUCCAACCCAGGGCAGGUCAACCCCAGCCCCAAAUCUCCGCGACGCUAUAGCAACUAUGACGCCACCCCUGCCUCUGCUUCCUCUUCCUCCUCCGCUGCGCCCCGGGUCGUCGGGAAACCGGGAGGUCGUCAGAUCACGCGGAACCGCGCCAGCUACAGCUGUCAUACCUGUCGGAGACGGAAGGUGAAAUGCGACAAGGUCCAUCCAAUAUGCGGGAACUGCCAAAAGAACGAAACCGAAUGUGUCUACGAUGUCUCCGCGCAGAAAGACGCGGAGGCGCGCAAUGCGCCAGCCAAGGACGGCCAGGGUAUCAAGCGACGGAGGGAGUCAUCGCAGCAGCUGGACGACGACAUGGAUGAGCUUCAAUCCAUCUACGGCCAUUUGAAGCGGUCCGGCUCGGCGGAGCAGCAGAGGCUCGGGUCACAAGGAAUCGAGGCGCGGUUGGAUAAGCUCACGUCCAUGAUUGAGCGGCUCAGUAAAACCAAUAGUCAGGCAUUGGAUCCGUCGGAGAAGCGGUUGCUGCUGCAAAGUGCGGGCUCGGAUUCGUCUAAGAGAGAACCUCGCGUGGCCGGCGCGACGGCGGCGGCUGCGUCUGCGUCUGCGUCUGCGACGAAGGCUUCCGAUACAGCGCGCUCGGAUAGCCCGCGUCGCGUGGCGGAUUCGAGUGGGGAUGAGUUCCCGAUCCCUGCCGGUCAUGCUACGGACUUGGUCGAUCCGGUGGGGAGUCUGAAUUUGGGUCAUCUGAGUUUGGAGGAUGGAGGUCGGUCGAGAUAUGUGGGAACUACGUACUGGGCUUAUAUUUCUCAUGAAAUCAACGAGCUCAAUCAACUACUUAGGGUCCAAAACCGAUCGCAUAAUGAGCGAAACUCCCAGGACACUUCUGCUGAAGAUACUACGACGGAACCUAUGGAAGCGACGCCUAGCCGUCAAUGGAAGCCAGUGCCAGAUGAGUCUGGUGAGCUUGCAAACGAUCAAGCCUCCCGGGGAGAAAGGUUCCAGAAAUCUGUGCUGUUUCCAUCAGGUGAAUCGCCUUCGGUCAAGGACAAGGUGGUUGAGCCUGAAAUGUUGGAGAAUAUGCCGACAAAGCGACAAAGCCACAUCCUGUACAAAGGCUUCAUGUCUGGAGUCCAUGCAAUCACUCCAGUGAUCCACCCACCGACCAUACACAAACUCUACUACUCAUUCUGGGACUGGUAUGACUCCAGCAGCUAUUCGGGCGACCCUUGCCCAGACCCGUCGUUCAUCCCGUUGCUUUAUGCCAUCUGGUAUGGUGGAUCUGUCACGAUCUCACUACGAACCAUCAAGGCUGAAUUCAAUGUGUCAUCCCGAUCAACGCUCUCCAAGGCAUACAAUGAUGAGGUGACUAGAUGGUUGACCAAAAUCUCGUUCCCUCGAAGUCCCUCUCUGCAAGGCCUGGCUGCAUAUCUUCUGGUACAGACAAUACUCGCUAAAGAGGAAGAGCCUUUAACGAGCAGUCUGUUUGUCAGUCUCGCCAUGAGGGUAGCUCAAACCAUGGGCUUGCAUCGAGAUCCUGCGAAGUUCGGUAUUGGUCCCUGUGAAGCAGAAUAUCGUCGUCGCAUAUGGUGGCAUAUCGUCCACAUGGACGGUGUGGUUGCCAUGUCCAGUGGAUUGCCUCCGUUGGUCAGUGAUGAGAAUUACUGGGAUGUUCGCGACAGUAGCGAGGUGAAAGACACCUUGCUUGGUACUCCAGAGGCUGAAAAGUAUGAUCGACUAGUCAUGACCGGCCUAAGGCUCCCCGACAACCCAGACGAUCCAACCAUUUGUGGCGGUCCCUCGAUGGUCAACGUAUACUAUCUGGCAGCUCGGGGGAAGUAUACAAUGGCUCGUGCUGUUCGACGGAUCUUGAAGAUCCAGCUGGGUACUAGGCCCUUAACACGGCGGGAUAUGGAAGAGCUUAGGUCGAUUCUGGUUGAGCUGCAGCAGAACUUGAACUCCAUCGUCUCCCGUAUACCAGAAGCGGAUUCGACCGAUGUCUCUUCAGUUCCCUCGACUAGGUCUUGGUCUACCUCCUCGCUUGCUGAAAACCGCAGCAGCGAUAUUGAGCUCCCCGGAGAAGGGCCGAACGGCUGUCCUGAGCAGUACCAUUCUCCAGUCCUUGUGUCUUUCCACAAGUGGGCCAGAAUUGUCCUCUCACUCUUCAUUGACAAGGCAUUCUGUGUCGCCUAUCAACCUUUUCUGAAGAACGCAAAGAGCCGGAUCUGGCCAGCUGCGAGACAAAGCGCUCUCCGCCAUUGUCAUGGCUUCAUGGAGAAGUUUGUUUCUCUCGCAACCGACCCUGAUUUUCAGCCGUUCCAAUGGAGCUGGCCCGGCAAUCACCAGCCAAUGCACGCCACCAUGAUCAUGCUCAUUGAUCUCUACGAACGGCCCUACAGCGCUGAGGCGCCCAAAUCACGGGCCUAUAUUGACAAAAUCUUCUCCAUGACGGGCCCCGAUGGUGGAGUUGUUGGGGGUGAAGAUGGCAUCUCGACUCAACGACCCUUGAACGACGGUGGUCGCGAGGCAUGGGACAUGAUCCGUAGGCUGCGGCAGCAGGCCUGGCAGCGAGCUGGACUCGAUCCUAGUCGACUAUGGUCCGAACAGGCGCAGAUCCAAGCGGGCGUGGCCAACGUUGAUGACCAUACAUCUGCCAUUGAAGCAGAUGCUGCCUCCCGGCGACAGCCCAGGGACUUCUCCAAGCUACUGCACAACAUGACUCGAUCUCAUCAUUUCCGCCCUACCUCAUCACUUCGCUAUCAACUCCCUUCUCCCACCCAGCAGCAUCACCAACAGCGGCAGCGGCAGCGAAGAUCCCCUUCGCAAUCAGCCAGCCCCCAAAUGAUGUCUCCUGACCCCCACCACCGCCCCUCCUCCACAUCCCCCUCCUCCCCAAUCGCCCAACAACAAUAUCAACCAAACGGCGAACCGUCCCCCUCGUCACCCCUGCCCCAACCCGGAGGUGGUCCCUCGACCACGUCCUCCUCCGAGAACUCGAACACGAACAUGCACAUGCCCUCCCUACUACCGCCAGGCCCGAUCCCAGGCUUCACCUUCAACCAGCAAUCCCUGCCUUCGGCACCCCCUCCUGCGCUGCCCGCCUUCCUCGUCGAUGUCGCCGCCUCCGCUGCCGCCUCGCCCGCCGCGCAGGCCAUGACCGGGGUCCCCACCCCGCCCUCCAUGGUGGAUCCGAACCUAAACUUCGACUGGGACCAGUGGGACGCCGUCUUCGGGCAGCACCUGCCCGUCGCCGACGAGCUCAUGGAGCUCGACCCGGUCACCGGGUUGGAGUUUGGGGAUUUGGGUAUGGAGGGUAGUCCAGGUGCUGGGGCUGGGGCUGGGGCUGGCGGAGAGAUGUCCUCGCAUCGGUCUACUUGGGCGGGUUAUUGAAUUAUACAUACAUAGUAGAAAUGAAAUGAAGUGGUCCGAUCUCUCUCGCAUUUGUUUAGGUG